GCAAGUAGAUUCGAUUCAACCCGACCGACAUGUUGCUUCACUACUGAGUUAACUGUUGUCGAGUGAAGUUGGGAAGUGCCGCUCCGAUGUUCAAGUCAGUCGCCGUGCAGAACAUCUACUGAAUAAAAAGAAUUGAAGAAAAGUCUAGCUGUUGGAUUUAGAUAAACGUGAAGAGAGUGAAACAAAACACAUUGUCAACUCCAGAAGGUGGGGUUCUCCGAGAGAUAGCGUAUUUUGGAGUAAUAGGAAGAACCACCACAGUGAUGAGCUACCAGUGCAUACUGGUGCUCACGCUGUCGCUUCUGGCGACGAGCGUGAGUUUAGCGAAUCCUGCCGCCACCGAUAAGGCCGCUGCCAGCAGUAGUGCCCUACCAAAGGCUCAGGAUCCUAUGUUCAACAAAAUGCUGGCCGAAAAACCAGACAUUCCGAUGGCACAAGAUCCUCGUUUCAACAAGAUGUAUCCAGAGGUUGAUUCCAAGGAAAACGACAUCGAAGACGAAGCGAAGGAUGCUCUUCUGCCGAAGAAACCCGCUGCUGACUUGAAUCCUAAGUACGCCCAGCAUGCGGCCAUAUUGAAGAAAUUGGAGAAAGUGGAACAGCAGAAGCAACCUAAGGCAGAAUCUACCACCAUAGGAAUUGUUCCAAUCGAAAAUGCCGAGGAGAAGGAUAGCUUCGAUGAUGAAGAUAGUUACGAAGACGAAGAACUGCUUCCUGACGAAGACCCCAAGAAUGUGGACGAAGAAAUUGUGCUACCACAAAUCGAAGAUCUCUCAGAUCUUCCUCCAGCACGUCCUUACAAGGUUGAAACUGAGGUAGAUAAUGUUGAAACAAUUGAAGUAAAAAAGGUCAACGAGCCCGAAAAAUCGACUGUGAGUUCUACUUCUACUGCUAAGACCCCGGUUGCAACCAGUUCUGCUGCUCCAGAUGAUGAGUAUUACAAUGAUGAUGAUGAGGAGAGCAGCGAAGAAUUAGAAAAUGAAAAGAUCGAUCCUCUAGCAAUCCAAAAACUACUUGCUCAACACGCUAAGUCUACCGAAGCUACCACAAAGGCAUCUUCAACCGCCGCCACCUCUACGACCAGUAAGUCCAAGCCAUCAGCCACACCGAAGUCCUCUACAGCUAAGCCUGCAACGGGCGAUAAUGAAAUCCUAGAUGAAAUUGAUGAGGACGAUGACGACUACUUAUACAAAGACGAGUACGACGACGAAGACACCGCCGAUGAUAAGAUCGACAUUGACGCUGUCAACAAGCUUCUCAGUCAGAAGAAACAGAAGCAAAAGGAAUCAACUUCUGCCAAUAGCAAGAAAACUGACAGCAAGAAUGCUAAUCAAAAUUAUGCGGAAUACUACGAUGAAGAGGAUGAGGACGAUGAUGAUGACUACAAUCUAGAAGAGCAGGUUCACUUAUGCCCUCGGGAUUGCAUUUGCGAACGCAACAUGCAUGCUUACUUGGUCGCAACCUGCAGCCGUUUGGAUCUAGACACACAAAAGUUCUCCACAUCGAUCACUGAUCUACAGGUCCUGGAUGUCGGUCCAAAAUACCCGAUCGUGUUGAGCGCAGAGUUCUUCAAGCAAAUUGGUCUUUCUCACGUUGUUUCGAUAAAGAUCAGCAACUGCACAAUUGAAUACAUCAGCCCAUCCGCUUUCGCAGGCCUGGAUGACUUGUAUUCGGUCAAUUUGACCAAUUCAGGAAUCGAUAUGCUCCAUCCGGAUACCUUCGCGAAUAACACAAAAUUGAGGCUGUUGACCUUAUCUGGAAACGAUCUAAGUGCGAUGCAGAGUGUCAACUAUAACACUCCCUACACGGAGUACAUGCUUAAGGCUCCUUCCAUCGAAGAGUUGGACAUUUCGAAGUGUAAUCUUCAAGAUCUUCAGCCAACAGCUUUCAAUGAGCUGAAAAACAUCAUCUACAUCAAUUUGGCCGAAAACAAGCUGCGCACUCUCCCAGAGGAUAUUUUCGACAAGGUAGAAACUAUCGAAGAAUUGGACCUUUCAAUGAACAGCAUACCAGAGCUGCCCAAAAACAUCUUCAACAAGACGUCACUGGCAAUUCUGCACUUGAAAUACAAUCUGAUCAGUAGCAACCUGGACUUUGUAACGGCUGAUCUGCAAAAGCUUGACCUAAGCUACUGCCAGAUCCGCAACAUCAACGGUCAAAUGUUCAAGGGAAUGGAAGGUCUAACCAAUCUGAUCCUGAAGGGCAAUCGCAUCAAGAAGAUCAACCAAAUCGCUUUUACUUCGUUGAAGAGCCUACGUCAGAUCGACCUGUCCCAGAACAACUUGGAGCAAAUCUCUUCUCUCACCUUCAUCGGCAACAAGGACCUGGAUAUCAUCAAGCUGAACGACAAUCCGCGUCUGAAGCAGCUGCCUGCCGAAGGAUUCCAAAGCUCCUACGGAACGUUCAAUGCAUAUUUCCUGGAUGUGUCGAACUGUGACAUUUCGGAACUGGCCGACAACACUUUCAAAACGAUGCCCCAGCUGACACGGCUGAACUUGGCCUGGAAUAACCUGCAGACUGUUGGACCGGCCGUGCUGAGCCCGUUGGACAAGCUGAUGGAGCUGGAUCUGAGCAACAAUCUGAUUACCGAGCUGAGCGACGAGACGUUCCAGCAAAACCGAAAUCUGAACAAGCUCAACCUCUCCGGAAACCAGAUCUCACGCCUAUCGGCCAAGCUGUUCCUGCCGUUGCAAUACCUGACCCACUUGGAUGUUAGUGACUGCGACCUGCGCACGGUCUGGGAGACUUCCAACGCCAACGCCAAGAACGCCAAGGUUCUUCCCAACCUGAAGCUUCUGAAUGCGUCCUACAACGAAAUCUCUACGGUGUACGUUUCGGACCUCGAAUCGUUGACCAGCCUCCGCGUGUUGGAUAUCAAGAACAACUCGCUGAAGUGUAACCCUUACUUCAAGUCUCUUAUCAAGUGGCUCGGAGUCAAGAAGGUAUCGCUGGGUGAUGCCAGCAAGGAGCAGCGAACUCAUGCCGAGCUGAACGCUUACAUCACGGACAAUUCGGCACCUCUGCUUGAAUGGAGCCAGUUCGCCCAAGAGAUUUGCCAAACUAGCAAGAACGGUGCUGAUUCUCCGGUGGUAAUCAAGGACACCGAGCUGGAUGAUGUUGACGACGAUGAUGUUGAAGAAGAUGAAACUGAAGACGAUGAUGAUUACUCUGACGAACAAACCAUUGACAAAAAUGAUGAUGUGGUAGAUAGCCGGGACAACGCAAACGAGCUGUACGAUGAAGAUGAUCUCGACGAUGAUGAGGAAGAUGAAAUUAUCGAAGUUGCCAACGGAAUGCAGACUAUCGGACAAACCAUCCUGACUGGCAGUGGAAAAGAUGAUCCACUGGAAGAGGAAGUUGUUAUUCUUGAUAGAAAUACUAUGCUGCAAAUCAGCGCACUUUGGAUACCAAUCGUCUUCAUCGCUGUUGGCUUUUUGGUGAUUUUCGUGGCCGUCAGCAAGAUCUUCGCUUUCAUGAUGAGAAAACGAGGUGAACGCUACCGUCAGGCGCUUUUGGCUUCCAAGAAUUCGAUCGUCUACCAGAAGCUAACGGAAGACAUCGUAGCGCCGAAAACACCCAAGGUGCAUCGGUAUGCUCCAAUCCAGCAAGUCUAAUUGUGAGAUUUACCUUCCUUAAUAGUGAAACUUAACAUCAAACAGCACGUAAGCUUCCAAGCGGUCGAUCCCCUGGGCGGGAGCACCUUCUUCCAAAAGCUGCUAGAAAAGAUUUCCAGUCCUUCCAAACUACAACAGUCAUCUACUUAUGGUUUUUUGUAACAAAUUAUACUAGUAGUAAGGUAUCAAAGUACUUAUAGCAAGAAGUAAAGUGAGCAAAUGUAAGCAGCAGUAAUUGUAUUUAUUAAGUUUUUUCUUUUUCUAUAAUUUUCACUUAACAUGAAACUGUAGACUAGUAACAGCCACAAUUUCAGAAACACAGACAUUAUUUGAUCAAUAAUAAGAAAAAGGUGCACGAACUGUGGACAUACUUUUGUUGAACAUUCCGUUAUAUACAGGUUUACAAAGAACAUUUUCCCCAGAUUAACAUGCUUUUCCUCAUUUCGUCCUAUCUUUGCUCCUCCUUUCGUUCCGGAUCAAACAUAUCUACAGCACCACCACAAAAACAAAAUCCAGCUAAAGCAUAAAUUACAGCAUCGGUGUGCAAAGCCAGCAUGAUGUUAACGAUUAUAGUGAUAAUUACAUAGGCAAAAUUCAUACUUCCACCAUGUGCCAUUAGAAACUACAACUCAGCGCAGACACCACUCAGCUAUGGAUGAUAAGUAAUGAUUCGGUGUGCCUGAUUGAACAAAGUAUUGAAACACAACUACUGCAGUCUAAAAUGGCUAAAUUCAACGAAACGUAUUGGUGAGAACCCUGCAUUAGACAGUCUGUCUGGAAACAAAAACUUCUGUGUAUUAUUUUUUUCUCUUUAAAUUAUUGUGGAACCAUUUUACAAACUGAUAACAAUUUGACGUUUGUUUUGAUAAAAUAAAACGGUUUUAUCAAACUCAA